AUGUCGCUCUUCUGUGGCCUUAUACGGCGCCGUAGCGCAAAGGACGACAAACCUCGCCGCGCCCGUACCAUGUCUAUCUUUGGCAACUCCAACUUCCAAGCCAUAGGCGCUCUCAAGGGCAUGGUUCGCUUCACCACCGCCGCAUCCCCAGCUCCCAUGCACGGUUGGGAACAGCCUGCAGUACAGAAACAACCGCCGGUUGACGAAUGCUCCAGCCGGAGUUCUGACCAACAAGCGCCAAUUCCCUAUAUACCCGACAUUCAUAUUACUACUGAGAUGCAUGAGGCCCUCGACCGCACAUACCAUGACCUGCGAGGUUCAGAACCGCGACUAUCCAAAGCCAAGUUUGCCGAGUUCUUACGAACUGUCCAGGGCGAGAGUGAGAGCGCCGUAAGCGAACUUGCUAAGGAGGAUUAUUCCUUGGGAGAUUUCAAAUACACUUGGGUUACCGACUUCUCAUGGGAGGCCACCGGGCCCUUGCCGGAAAAAGAUCUGUCAAAACCUCUCACAAAUUAUUUUAUUAGCAGCAGUCACAACACUUAUCUGGUUGGGAAUCAACUGGCUUCACUGAGCAGAAGCUCCCCUGAAGCAUACAGAACAGUUCUUCUUCGAGGAUGCCGCUGUAUCGAGAUUGAUGUGUGGAAUGGGGAUACAAUUAUUCCUACGAGAGGCAGAGCCACCAAGAUUGACCAUAAGCGUGGACUCUCAGGAGAAUCGUUCCCCAAUGUCGCUACCACGGUGAUCGACAAAGUUGAAGGCUAUCUUGGUGAAAAAACCGCCAAUCGCUCCCGCAGUACCAGCCUAGGAAGCCGAAAUUCCUCCCCACGAUCGAGUUUGAAUCAAGUUCCGCUCGAGACACGAGAAUCUGGAGACCGUCUGGACGUUGCGAAACCUCUUGCACCACGCACAAGACAGUCGUUCCCCAAAGACGAGCCAAUUGUGACCCAUGGAUGGACUCUGACUGCGCCGUGUGGGUUUCGAGAGGUGUGCAGAGCCGUUGGCGAGUCUGCAUUCGUCGACAAUGACCUUCCAAUUAUAGUCAGCCUAGAGGUGCACGCUGACGAGGACCAGCAAGAGGUCAUGGUCAGAAUCAUGAAAGAGGAAUGGGGUGAGAUGCUUGUGGAUAAAGCAUUUGAUGAUACUGGCCCGAGAUUGCAACUCCCGAAGCUAGGCGAGCUGCGAAAGAGAAUUCUCGUAAAGGUUAAGAAGGCUCCUGCAAAGAUCGUGGUGCCGCCCAGCACUAUGGAUCUACCUGCUAUUUACGCACACGACGAGGAUGCAUCAGGGUCUGAGGAUGAGCAUCCCUCGCAGUCCACAGGACCAUCCCUGACAGGUUCUAACACUACGUUUCCUUCACACGAGAAGAACACCAGCUCCAAGGUCCGGAUCUGUGAGAACCUUGGCAAACUUGCUGUGUACACACGCAGCCAGCACUACAAGGGUCUCGCAACUAAGGAAGCCAAAAUCCCUGCCCACAUUUUUUCUAUCAGCGAGAAUCGCAUCCUAGAACUUCACCAGAAGCAGCAUCGCGACAUGUUUACCCAUAACAAGGGAUACUUCAUGCGCGCUUUCCCUGCAGGUCGAAGGUUCGAUAGCUCAAAUCCAGACCCAAGUCUCUUUUGGCGUGGCGGUGUUCAGAUGGUCGCCAUGAAUUGGCAGUAUCUGGAUGAAGGCAUGAUGCUCAACGAAGGCAUGUUUGCAGAUGAGAAGGGUUGGGUCCUGAAACCGGAGGGUUAUCAAAGUUCAAACAAGUCUGCAGAGACUCAGGGCGAAGCCACACCAGGUCGUACCAUGAAUCUGAGGAUCAUAGUUUUUGCUGGACAACACAUUCCGAUCCAAGCUGGCGACGCAGCAGACGUCGGCCGCUCAGCCAGCACCCUUAGACCGUUGAUAAAGGCAGAGCUCCAUGUCGACAAACCAACCGACGCUGAACGUGACGCAUAUAUGCAGGAGCACAAGUACAAAGAUAAAACAGACGUUGGUAAGACGGACCACCCCGAUUUCGGCCCUCACGGUUCGACCCUUCAGUUCUUGAACAUUCCCAAGGUGGUCGAAGAGCUCAGUUUCAUCAGGUUCAAGGUUGAGGAUGAUUCAACCAAGCUUGGCAGCUCGCCACUGCUUGCCUGGGCUUGCAUCCGCCUAGACCGUCUGCGACCCGGCUAUCGAUUUAUCCGACUCAUGGACUCGAAGCCCCGCGUUGUACCAGGGGGGAAGCUGCUGGUUAAAAUUGAGAAGACCUUGGUUUGA